GUUCAUGGGUUGCCAUGCCAGCAAUGGGGUUUUGGUAAGACCACCUCUCUCCUAUCAUCUCAAUGUGGCCCUUCUAUCCUUUGUUGUGUGGGAGCUUUUCAGCUAGUCUGAGGUUCUUCCCAGAGGGAAUCUAUUCACAUGUAGCUGCAGACUUUUGUUCAUGGGAAGAGGUAAGUUCAGGAUCUUCUUCCUAUGCUGCCAUCUUGAACUGCCUUUGAAUUUAUUUUUAUUUUUAUGUUUUAGUACAGUGUGAGAGGCAACAACACUGCUUUACAGGCAAUGUGGAAAAUUGUUCUCAGGUCUUCAAAUCUGUUAGUCACCACAAGUUUCAGGGUGAAAAGGAUAAUUUCUGUGAAAUGUGAAGAUAUGGGAGCAAGGGAAAAAUAAUAAUGAACAAGAGAGAAUACAGGCUGAAUUUUGGAUUCUUAUCGAGUUGGUUUUGGAGUAAUAAGAAGUACAUGUUUUCCUUAAGUAUAUUGCGUAGUUAACAACAAUAUUUAGAAGACAAAAGGGGUCUUUGAACGAAGAGUUGUGAACAUUUUGGGGCUCCUUCUGCCUGAGGAAUGUCAUAUACUUUUAGCUUUUAAUCAGAACCACUGACAUUUUAGUAUCUAGUUAUACUGGCAUUUGCAAAAACAUAGCUUUCCCAACCAUAUGAUGAGUGAAAAUUAAAUGAUUGCCUAUCAUUUAAGACCCUUAAAUGAACAUUAUAAGAAAGUGGAGUGGUUAAAGAAAUGGAAAAAGCAUGAGCUUGAUCAGGGAUGUUGACUUGUGCAUCACUCUGAAUGAAGUGUUGUGACGCUUCUGGGAGACUGGGUUAUUCAUUAUAAAGGCAGGACUGUUAGGGAUCUCAUCCCACAGCUGGGUAUCAUCCAAGGAUCUUUUCUGGUUGGAAGGACAUGAUUUUAACAGACUGGUAACUAAUCACUUCUAUCUCUGGUUUAUUCACAGAAGGCUGAAUAAAAGAAGACUGUGAUGGCACCAGCCCAUCUGCGCAGUUUGUGUCUCCUCGCACUGUAUUUGACAACUGGAUAUGGCCAAGAGUCGAGGUUUAGUGGACCCCUGAAACCCAUGACAUUUUCUAUUUUUGAAGGCCAAGAACACAAUCAAAUCAUAUUCCAGUUUAAGGCCCAACCUCCUGCUGUAACUUUCAAACUAACUGGGGAGACAGAUGGAAUAUUUCAGAUAGAACCAGAUGGACUUCUGUAUCACACCAAAGCUCUGGACAGGGAAACAAGGGCUUUUCACAAGCUUGAGGUCUCAGCCCUGGAUGCUAAAGGAGCUACAGUGGAAGGCCCAGUUCCCAUCACAAUAGAAGUGAAGGAUAUCAACGACAAUCAACCCACGUUUCUCGAGUCAAAAUAUGAAGGCUCAGUAAGACAGAAUUCUCGCCCAGGAAAGCCUUUUAUGUAUGUCAAUGCUACAGACCUGGAUGAUCCAGCCACUCCUAACGGUCAACUUACUUAUCAGAUUGUCAUGCAGCUUCCCAAGGUCAACGAGGUCAUGUACUUUCAGAUAAACAACAAAACAGGGGCAAUAUCACUUACCCGUGAAGGAUCUAAGGAAUUGGAUCCCAUUAAGAAUCCUUCAUAUAAUCUGGUGGUCUCAGUGAAGGACAUGGGAGACCAGGCUGGAAAUUCCUUCAGUGACAGUGUACCUGUGGUUAUUACAGUGAAGGAGAAUAUUUGGAAAACACCAGAACCUGUCCAGAUUGUAGAAAACUCGACGGAUCCUCACCCCGUCAAAAUCACUCAGGUGCGGUGGAAUGAGCCAGGUGCACAGUACUCCUUAGUUGAAAAGGAGAAGCUGCCAAGAUUCCCAUUUUCAAUUGACCAGGAAGGAGAUAUUUAUGUGACUCAGCCCUUGGACAGAGAAGAAAAGGAUGCAUAUGUAUUCUAUGCAGUUGCAAAGGAUGAGUUUGGAAAACCACUUGCAAUACCACUGGAAAUUUUUGUGAAAGUUAAAGACAUUAAUGAUAAUCCGCCUACGUGUCCACCCACAGCAACUGUAUUUGAGGUCCAGGAGAAUGAAGGAAUAGUUAGCGAUAUUGGGACUCUUAUCGCCCAUGACAUGGAUGAAGCAAACACUGUCAACAGCGUUUUACAGUACAAGAUUGUGGAUCAAAUCCCUCCAUAUCCCAAAGAAGGACUCUUUCUGGUCCAGACAUACACGGGGGUGUUCCAGUUGGCCAAGCAGUCCUUGAAGAAGCAAGACUCCCCUCAGUACAACCUGACAGUAGAGGUGUCCGACAAUGACUUCAAGACCCUCUGUCAUGUGCAAAUCAACGUCAUCGAUAUCAAUGAUGAGAUCCCCAUCUUUAAAAAAUCAGAUUAUGGAAACCUAACUCUUCCUGAAAACACAGCCAUUGGGUCCACCAUCCUAACCAUCCAGGCCACGGAUGCUGAUGAGCCUUUUACUGGGAGUUCUAAAAUCCUGUAUCGAAUUACACAAGGAGAUGAUGAGGGGUGCCUGAGGGUUGACACAGAUCCCCAGACCAACGCUGGAUAUGUCAUAAUUAAAAAGCCUCUUGAUUUUGAAACAACCCCCAUUCACAACAUUGUGUUCCAAGCGGAGAAUCCUGAGCCCCUGGUGCGUGGUGUACAGUACAACGCCAGCUCUUUUGCCACAUUCACUCUUUUUGUGAUCAAUGUGAAUGAAGCACCUCAAUUUUCCCAACACAUAUUCCAAGCAAAAGUCAGUGAAGAUGUGGCUAAAGGCACUCAAGUGGGCAACGUGACUGCCAAGGAUCCGGAAGGUCUGGACGUAAGUUAUUCACUGAGAGGCGACAGGAGAAGUUGGCUUAAAAUUGACCCUGUUACUGGCAGGAUCUUCAGUGCGGCUCCACUGGACAGAGAAACUGAAAGUCUGUAUCGGGUACAAGUGGUGGCAACUGAAGUAGGUGGAUCCUCCUUGAGCAGCACAGCGGAGUUCCACCUAAUGCUGAUGGAUGUGAACGACAAUCCCCCCCGGCUGGCGAAGGACUACACAGGCUUGUCCCUCUGCCAUCCCCUCAAACAACCCGGCAGUCUCAUCUUUGAGGCUACAGAUGAUGAUCAGCUGUCAUUUCGGUGUCCACAGUUUACAUUUUCCCUUGGCAGUGAAAGCUUACAAAAAGACUGGGAGGUUUCCAAAAUCAAUGGAACUUAUGCCAGACUCUCCACCAAGCACACGAACUUCGAAGAGAGAGUGUAUGACAUCCCAAUCCGCAUCAACGACGGGGGCCGGCCACCCUUGGAAAGGACUGUCUCUUUACCAGUUACUUUCUGCACAUGUACGGAAGGAAGUUGUUUCAGGCCCGCGGGUCACCAUCCCGGAAUGCCUACUGUGGGCAUGGCAGUUGGCAUACUCCUGACCACGUUUCUGGUCAUUGGUAUAAUUUUAGCAGCUGCGUUUAUCCAAAUAAAGAAGAAUAAAGGCACAGACAAUGUUGAAAGUGCUCAGACAUCUGAAGCCAGACCUCUGAGAACAUGAAUUUGAAAAGGAAUGUUCGUGUUUAUGUACCAAGUGCUAUUUCAGUAACACAACCAUUUAAUCCCAUAAUUUUGCUUUUCAUCCGACAUGUGCACCGUAAUUUUUUAGAGAUAUACUUUCUUGCCCUUUAAUAUUUUAUUACUUUUAGUUCUUUUGUGUGUGAUAGACAUUAGAGAUAGUUUCCAUUUUCCCAUGAUACUUUUCUCCUCUGCAAAAGCCUUAGCUAUUUAUGCCAAAACAAAAUAUAUGUUUUUCCCCAUUAGGGAAAGAUGCGAUGAUAAAAUAAUCUGUGUAUUUUUCCUUCGUCAAGGAGAUUUAUCAGUCACCCAUCACAGAACUUCCUGGAUUCCAUUUAUACUUUUUAUCCACCUGUGUCUCACUCCUGUCUCCUUUAGUAUUUCACAAAUUUAAAAAUAUUUGCUGGAGAAAAGACAAAGUAAAAGUAUUAUUAAA